AUGAUGAAAACGGAGUCUUCAGGAGAAAGAUCAACCCUCCGAAGUGCCUCUCCUCACAGGAAUGCUUACAGAACUGAGUUCCAGGCACUGAAAAGUACCUUUGACAAACCGAAAUCAGAUGGAGACCAAAAAACGAAAGAGGAAGGAGAGGCCUCGCAGAGCAGGGGAAGGAAAUAUGGCUCAAAUGUCAAUAGGAUCAAGAACUUAUUUAUGCAGAUGGGCAUGGAGCCCACUGAAAGUGCCGGAGUUACCCCUAAAACCAGGGGGAAGGGUGGCCCUCCAUCACCUCAAAGACGAAUUAGGCCCAAAGAAUUUGUAGAAAAAGCAGAUGGUUCAAUUGUAAAGUUGGAAUCAUCUGUUUCGGAAAGGAUCAGUAGAUUUGAUACUGUCCAUGAUGGUCCUUCCUACUCCAAGUUUACUGAAACUCGGAAGAUGUUUGAGCGAAACGCUCAUGAAAUGGGACAUUCCAAUCGCUAUUCCCCAAAGAAAGAGAAAGUAAUUUCCAAUGAGCUUCCAGAUGAAUGGUGCAGCUCUAAGUCUCACAGAGGCAGCACUGAUUCACUGGACAGUCUUAGCCCAAGGACAGAGACCGUCUCUCCAACUGUGAGUCAGCUCAGUGCAGUUUUUGAAAACACUGACUCACACAGUGUAGUCGUUGUGGAAAAGUCAGAGAACAACGAAGAGUACUCUGUAACUGGUCACUAUCCACUGAACCUCUCGUCUACUGUUGCGAAUAUCUCCUCCCCAGUUGCGAACCUUGAAGGUUUCAGUCCUUUGAAAGAUGCCAGCACGUGGUCUCCGCCAGCCAAACAGAGUACAGGCUUGAUGUCUGUUGAGAACUCUCAGCAGAACAGCACGCCUUCAACACUAAGACAGAAGACAUCCACAGGCACUUCGGCAGGUUCAAAAACGACUGAAGAAAUAAAGAAGGGUACAGAGGCAAGUGCUGAUUCUCUUGAGAGCUCUGCAGCGAGUCAGCAGGAUUUGAUCAACGUGCUUGGCAGUGAAAGAUCCGUGGACAGCUGUGCUAGGGGUAAGUCAAAAACAGAGACAGAAGUUUUCGUGCAACAGAAGGAACGGUCAGAACAUGCAGAGGCUAUCUUGGAUAGACCUGAAGCUGCAGAAUUACCAAGAAAUGUAGCUUCAGGUGGUGAUUUUGUCACGCAUGCUGUUUCGGAUGCUACCGAGUCCCAUUGUGAUGAGGCAAGUGAAAAAGAAGUGUGUGAAGAUGUGAAUAAUUUCCAGAGUUCCCACGUGUAUAUGCACUCUGACUACAGUGUCUAUCGGGUACGAUCGAGAUAUAAUUCUGACUGGGGAGAGACAGGUACAGAACAGGAUGAUCAGGAUGACAGUGAUGAAAAUAACUGUUAUGAACCUGAUAUGGAAUAUUCUGAAAUUAAUGGAUUGCCAGAUGAAGAUGAAAUCCCAGCCAACAGAAAAAUACAGUUUAGCCGUGCUCCAAUUAAGGUUUUCAAUACAUAUUCCAAUGAAGACUAUGACAGGAGAAAUGAUGAAGUUGACCCAGUGGCUGCAUCAGCUGAAUAUGAACUCGAGAAGCGUGUGGAAAAGCUGGAGCUCUUCCCAGUUGAACUAGAAAAAGAUGAAGAUGGACUUGGCAUAAGCAUUAUUGGAAUGGGAGUCGGAGCAGAUGCAGGCCUUGAAAAACUGGGAAUAUUUGUCAAAACAGUAACAGAAGGUGGGGCAGCAGAAAGAGAUGGCAGGAUCCAAGUGAAUGACCAAAUUGUGGAAGUUGAUGGCAUCAGUCUGGUUGGUGUUACGCAGAAUUUUGCUGCAACUGUUCUUAGAAACACCAAAGGGAAAGUCAGGUUUGUAAUUGGACGAGAAAAACCGGGACAAGUGAGUGAGGUUGCGCAGCUGAUUAGCCAAACUCUAGAACAAGAACGCCGCCAGAGAGAGCUGCUGGAGCAGCAUUAUGCACAGUAUGAUGCAGAUGAUGAUGAGACAGGGGAAUAUGCUACAGAUGAAGAAGAUGAAGACAUGGGACCUGUCCUUCCAGGAGGUGACAUGGCUAUUGAAGUGUUCGAUCUCCCUGAAAAUGAUGACAUGUUCUCCCCCAGUGAUGUAGACACUAGCAAGCUUGCUCACAAAUUCAAAGAGUUGCAAAUCAAACACGCAGUUACAGAAGCUGAAAUUCAGAAGCUGAAGACGAAGCUGCAGGCUGCUGAGAAUGAGAAGGUGAGGUGGGAAUUGGAGAAGACUCAACUCCAGCAGAACAUUGAGGAGAAUAAGGAAAGGAUGAUGAAAUUAGAGAGUUACUGGAUUGAGGCACAAACCCUGUGUCACACGGUGAAUGAGCACCUCAAGGAGACGCAAAGCCAGUAUCAGGCUCUGGAGAAGAAAUAUAACAAGGCAAAGAAAUUAAUCAAGGAUUUUCAGCAAAAAGAACUUGACUUCAUCAAACGCCAGGAAGCUGAACGAAAGAAAAUAGAAGAUUUGGAGAAAGCACACCUUGCAGAAGUUCAAGGCUUACAAGCUCGUAUACGAGACUUGGAAGCAGAAGUUUUCAGGCUAAUGAAGCAAAAUGGGAGCCAGGUUAACAAUAACAACAAUAUUUUUGAAAGGCAGACAUCUUUUGGAGAAGUUUCUAGAGGAGAUCCAGUGGAAAACCUAGAUACUAAGCAAGUGACCUGCCUGGAUGGCUUAAGUCAAGAUUUCAAUGAAGCAGUGCCAGAAACAGAGAGACUCGACUCCAAAGCUCUGAAGACUCGAGCUCAGCUUUCCGUGAAGAACAAGCGGCAGAGGCCUUCUAGAACAAGGCUAUAUGAUAGCAUCAGCUCAACUGAUGGAGAGGACAGCCUUGAACGAAAGCCGUCAAACAGUUACAGUAGUCCCAUGCACAUUUCAAAAUCACCACUGCCCUUAUGCAUGAGAGCAUCCUCACCAGCAUCAGAUUCUGGUGCUUCCUCCCUCUCCCCCGUGGCUAGCAGUGCAGCAAUCUCACUUGACAACCUAACUGAAAACCAAGAAGAAGGGCAGCGCCAGAAAGGAGAUGUCCUUUCCCCGCAUGCUCGGGGAGACACUCCACUUUCCUCUCCUUCAAAAUCUGGGCACAGCUCUGAAGCAUCUCCUUUGCAUCACCCAACUGGCAGGAAUAUUUUACAGAAUAAAGAUGGUGCCACAUGUGCUCACGCAGCAAGAACAACUAGCCCUACUAUAGGGCAUACAGAAAAACUAAAGCGAAAACUUGCAGAUCUUGGGGCUCCCUUGAGAAGGAGUUCAAACAAGGGCAAGAAGCGGAAAGAGAAAGAAGCUAUUAGGGUCACCUAUGGCAGUAGGACCACCAGAGAGAUGCUGCAGAAAUCAGCAAACAGUAAAUCUUUAGCAGAGCGAUCCUUCUCUCUCCCACACUGUGUACCAUUCACAUGGUAUGGAGAGAGUGGCAAGGGAUCCAAUUCUUCUAGCAACCUACCAUCACCUACCAGCUCAACUGAACCUUCCUCUGAAAAUAUAAGUCCAGCUAAAAAAGGGUCAAAGAAUUUCACGUUCAAUGAUGAUUUCAGUCCCAGCAGCACAAGUUCAGCUGAUUUGAGUGGUUUAGGAGCAGAACCUAAAACCCCAGGUUUCUCGCACUCCUUAGCACUGUCGUCAGAUGAGAUCCUUGACGAUGGACAGUCUCCUAAGCACAGUCAGUGUCAGAGUCGUGCUGUUCAGGAGUGGAGCGUGCAGCAGGUUUCCCACUGGUUAAUGAGCCUGAACCUUGAACAGUAUGUUUCUGAAUUCAGUGCCCAGAACAUUAAUGGGGAGCAUCUCCUUCAGCUGGAUGGGAGUAAGCUCAAGUCUCUUGGUAUGACAUCUUCCCAGGACAGAGCAAUCAUUAAAAAAAAGCUAAAGGAAAUGAAAGCAUCAUUGGAGAAAGCUCGCAAAGCUCAAGAGAAAAUGGAAAAGCAAAGGGAAAAGCUUCGGAAGAAGGAACAAGAGCAACUGCAGAGGAAAUCAAAGAAAACAGACAAGUCUUCAUCAGAUGCAACAGAGGGCACUAAUGAGCAGUGA